AUGGAGCCACCAAGUGGAGGAGCACCGAAUGUUCGUCUUAGCCGGGUGUACAAUCUGACUUGUGAGGACGCUAAGGCCGAUCCUAUAGUUAUUGAAGGUACACUGUUCUUUUCGAAUAUUCCAGUUCAUGCUUUAAUAGAUCUGGGUGCUACGCAUUCGUUUGUUUCGCAUGCAUCAAUAGAAAGUCUAAAGCUAGAACUUAGGGAGUUGGGUUACCAAAUGAUAAUAGCUACGCCGAUGGGUUUAACCCUAGAGAUAGCAGUAGGAUGUCAGGGUUGUAAUAUGGAAGGGGAAAGAUUCAAGAUAAACUUAGCCGUAUUAGAUAUACAAGAUUUCGACAUGAUCAUAGGAAUGGAUUUCCUAUCGGUACAUGAAGCUAAAGUGGAUUGCAAGAACAAGACCGUGAGCUUACGCAAACCUAAUGGAGAGUGGAUUUCGUUUCAAUGUCAGAAUAAUAGAAAUAACAGAAAGCAUGGCAUAACUUUGCAAGCAUUGCAAUCAGCCAAACCUGAGUCGAGUAAGAAGAAUCUUGAGUUAGAUUUAGUAAGGGUUGUGAAUGAGUACCCUGAGGUCUUUCAUGAAGAUUUACCAGGAUUACCACCCCCUAGAGAGAUCGAAUUCUCAAUAAAUCUUGUAACAGGCACACAACCUAUAUCCAUACCUCCGUAUAAGAUGGCCCCAGCUGAGAUGAGGGAAUUAAAGGAGCAAUUGUAG